UGGGAGUGGCUGUUGGUGGAAGUCAGAGCCUGAGCUGAGGCAGAUUUUGGUUCCCCAGUUAUUACCUGGGCUGUAAAAGAGUGCGUGGGUGAGUGUGGCAGGUGGGGGACCUCCACCUGCUGAAUGAACCCUGUUAGCAUCGGGCAGUACCAUGGGCUACGAGUGGGCUCAGCCCUGUUUGGCAUUGUUGCCGGCUGCAUCAUCAUCGGGGUGUCCAGGGAAUGUGAUGCUGAUGCUGUGGGAGGAAUUUUCCUGGGAGCUGGAGGCCUUGGUUUGCUCAUUUCAGUCUACCCCUUCAUAAAAGCGUGGCUGAACAUCAACAACAUCCUGCCAUCUUUUGGAAACUUCAGAGUUCACCCCACUGAGGCUAAUGCUGAUCAACCAGCUGAGACACUGAGACGAGAGGGCACUCAGAGUCAACUCCAACUGGAGCGCUCAAAGAGUCGAAUGGGAACCUUUGUAGAGGGAGGACCUGCUGCUGAGCCCAAUCCAGAGGAGGGGACUUCUUCAGACAUGCCAGAUGUCUUAUCGAGAAGGAAAAUGAAACAGUCUCCCACUGCUCAAGACCUUCCGUGAUGUCAUCAUGUCACAUGACUCCACCAACA